UCUGCAGGAUGCUGCUGAGGGACUUUCCAGGAAGAAUUAGCAAGACUUACACUGAGAACUGCUGGCUCUGAUCAGAUCAGUAUUUUCCUUGAUUAUUAUUAUUUUUUUCAUGAAUGGAGAACAUGAGAAUUGUAGCAUAGGGGUGCUUUCUUCCUUUGGGGCAGCUGAAGCUGGAAAUGCUGAAAGCUGGGUGUCUUGCCGGGUUCUUGGAAGUCUGAAAGUGUGUUUGAGAUUCUAGCUGUCUUGCUUUGCUUUGUGUGGAAUACGCUUGAGCUUUUGCUGCAGCGAGGACUACACAAUUAAUGAUGCAGGCUAAAACAGUGAGUCUUCAAAGCUAGCAGUGAUGUAGUGGCUUGCUUGCUUGAGGCAGAAAUGAGUAGGUUUGGAUAGCAGCUCUUCAAAUUAAACUGCUGGAGCAUUGCUACGCUUUCCUGUAUGCUUCAUUUAUUACUGCUUACAAAAUACCAGAUGUCCAUGCAGUUUUAAGCCUCAUGCAUUGAGGAAAAUAAACCACUUGAGAGACAGUCAGCAAAAAUAUCCACUAGUUUUCUCUUUAAAAAAUUGUUUGAAUUGCUUAAUUUCCAUAUAAUUUAUCUACAAGAGCCAAUUUAUGCAAGAGUCUCCAGUUACAGAACUGCCAAGGCUAUGAGAGAACGCAACCAGCAGAGCCUCAGUGGACACGUACUGUAUGUAGGGUUAUUUAGACAUCCAGGAAUGCUGCACAGGGCUAAAUACAGCCGAUUCAGGAAUGAUUCAAUAACAUCACUAGAUGAAGGUACACAAAAUACGUCUUUAAAUAUCAAAGGCUCUUCGUCCUCUUCCCAUUCUUCAACACCUAAUUUACUGACUGAAGAUGUCUCCCUGGGGACACAGGACACCUGCACCACCUUGUGUGCUUUGAUACCUCGAAUGGCUAACAUUAAACUUGCCAACCCAUCCAGUCUGCCAGGGCUGAAAAGCUUCUGUCUGGGAACGAAAGAGGUGCCAAGAAUUAAACUUACGGAGUGCGUUACCAUCCCAAGCAGCCCAACCUCACCUGAAAUCAGCUGCCUCUCUGCGUCUUACCCGCAGCCCGACCCGGACAAGCUGCUCCUCAGCACUAAGGCUGCAGGCAACGGCACCCCGUGGGGCUCAGAGGAGGCUGCUCCUACAGACAGACAGGACAGGAGCCUCAUACAGAGCGCUGAAAAUGUCGUCGAGACAGGCACGACCUACUGCGUGCGGUACAUGGGCUGUAUUGAAGUACUGCAGUCAAUGAGGUCCCUGGACUUCGGCACGCGAACACAAGUCACCAGGGAAGCAAUAAGCCGCCUGUGUGAAGCUGUAUCAGGUACAAAUGGAGCUAUAAAAAAGCGAAAGCCUCCAGUUAAGUUCCUGUCUUCUGUGCUUGGCAAAAGUAACCUUCAGUUUUCUGGCAUGAAUAUAAAGCUGACCAUUUCAACAAGCAGCCUCACUUUGGUGAAUGUUGACACGCAGCAGAUUAUUGCCAAUCAUCACAUGCAGUCCAUCUCAUUUGCUUCUGGAGGUGACCCAGAUACAACAGACUACGUUGCAUAUGUAGCAAAAGAUCCUGUCAAUCAGAGAGCAUGCCACAUACUGGAAUGUCCCAAUGGGAUGGCGCAGGACGUAAUAAAUACCAUAGGGCAAGCUUUCGAGCUGCGGUUCAAACAGUACCUGAAGAAUCCAUCUAGCCUGGUUGCUUCUAACGAAAGUGAGGCAGUGAAUACUGAUGGAUCAUCUGGGAAUUUACAGGAGAGGGAGGAUCAUGAAUAUUACAAUGAAAUUCCAGGGAAAGAGCCUCCCGCUGGUGGAGUAUUGGACAUGCGAGUGAAAGUGCAAACAGACCAAAGGGCUAAUUGUCCUGUACAGUGCAAAAAGCAGUAUUGUUUGACAGGCAGCCCGACAUUCAUCAAUAUAUAUGAAAAUUGCCCAGAAGAAAACAAAACUGUGGGUAAUAGCGGUGAGAGAUCACAGAAGACAAAAAAAGAUACAACGUUGUUGAAGCCUGCCUACAAAGUAGAUCUUUUUGAUGAUCCAUGUUACAUCAACACACAGACCCUGCACUCCACAGUGUGUACAGCCCGCGGUACAGCAACAACACAGACCCAUAGGAGCCCACCGCACCAUGCGAGAUUACCGGAAACUGUUCAGCAGAGUGCUGCAAGCCACACAGCCGGUCUCUGUAUUAUGCCACAGAUAAAACAACAGCUAAAGAAUGAAGAUUGUUACCAUGGCAAAUUAAACAGGAAAGCAGCAGAGAGCCUCCUAGUCAACGAUGGAGAUUUUUUGGUGCGAGAGAGCACAACGUCACCUGGUCAGUAUGUCCUCAGUGGACUUCAGGGAGGGCAGGCAAAGCAUCUCCUGUUGGUGGAUCCUGAGGGCAAGGUGAGAACCAAAGACCAUAUAUUUGAUAGCGUGGGCCAUCUUAUUCAGUAUCACAUGGAAAAUAAUUUGCCAAUCAUCUCUUCUGGAAGUGAAGUGAGCUUGAAACAGCCAGUAAGGAAAGAGAAUAAUAUGGGACACAGGCAUUAUCACAAAUAACGCCCUGGAUCUUACAAAUCCCAAGACAAUUCAUUUCUGAAACUUCAUUGACGAUUAUGAAACUUUAUAUUAUGAAGCAAAUUCAAAAAAAAAUAUAGACUGCACUUUCUGCUGCUGUUCCAGAAGACUUCUUUCUGUGUGUGUAUGUAUGAAUAUAUGUAUAUGUGUACAUCUAUGUAGAUCUAUAGAGAUCAAUAUGCAUAGUUAUAUAGAUAUAUGUAACCUUAAUCAUAACAGAAUAACACCUUCAGAGUGUGAGAUCCAUUUGUGAAAAGGUAUUUUAGACAUGCACAAAUGUCACUUUCAAGGUCCUACUGAAUCAGUAACUAUUUAAAAGCACAAUUAAACCUUUACAUGCAAAAGCUCACUUGAACAAACUGCUGGAACAUUAGUAUGUGCCUUUUAGCAUAGAAUUAUUGGAAAUUAAUAUUAUUUAUACUGAAUUAGUUUUGGAUGGUUAAACAAACAUGUCUAAGGUUUUAACUAUUUGCCAAAACAAAUACAAUUUGAAUAUUACUAAAAUGUCAUCUGCUUUCAAUAGACACUAAUGAUUUCAUUUUGCUUGUAACAGCACUUUACUAGCAAGUAAGAUUUGAAAUUAAUAGCAUUCACAAUACAGAAAGGUUGUCUGAUUUCUUAAUUGUUUUUUUUAAUCACUGACUGCCUACUCAAAGACUUUAGAUUAUGCAACAUUUACAAAGUUGAAAUUAAUAUAUGUAAUAUAAUUUUGGAAUAGAACUUGUAAAGGACAAGCAUGCUAGAUCCUAAUAUUUUUGUCUUGCAUAUGAUUUUAUUAUUAUUACCAAUUAAUACUGGAGACUUCUCUUUCUAAAGGUAGGCUAAAUAUAUUUUCAUUGAUUCUGUAGACCUUUACAAACUAGAGAAGCUGAAUUAAACUAAUGAUACUUUUUGAGAUAAAACUAUUUAAAAGACUGUUUGAACUUUGAAUGUGCCCUUAUUCAGUGUUCUUUCCAACAUGAUAGAUGAUUUUCCCUUUCUUCCUGUAGAGUUCAUCUGUUCCUAAACAUGGAAAAAAGUCUUCUAAAGGAAAUCUGUGAAUUGUUUUGCCACAAUAAAUACUCUAAAUAUGAACAAUCCUGUGUUCAGUGUGAACAGGGGUUUCGCGGGCUUCCUGUUGAAGAAAGAGUGAUUUAAUAAGUAACUGAAGAAAGGGAAGGGGGAUUUGGGGAACAAGACUGGUAGUUCAGGUGAUGGCUUCUUUGAGAAAGUUGUCCCUUAUAAGAUAAGCAAUGCCUCCCGCUACAGUCGGAGGCAUUCUCUCUGAUUCCCAGCCCACCAGGUUAGUUCCAUAAGGCAGACAAUUGGUGUGGCUAGUUCAGCAAUCGCUAGAAAGAAAGCUUUGACUAUAAUGGAGAAAUUCUGUUCUUUUGCCUAAUGCAUUCAGAUUAAAUGGGACAGUAGAGUCAGAGCUCUUUUCCCUGGAAAACAGAGAGAAUCAUAUAAUACAUAAAAUAAUUGAGGACAUAAGCUUUCUUGGAGGGAAAAUCUGAUGUAAAGAGCCACAUUUAGAGCUGACUACAAAGCAUCUUUUUUCUUAUCUUCAGCUAACAGGCACAAAAUAUAUUUCAUUCCUCAGUAAUAGCAUGAUUAAAAUACUCAACUCAAUUACCUAUAUUGAAGCAGUGAGAUGCUUUUAAACAUUAGUAGCUGAUUUCCUUGAUAAUGGUUGGGCAUUGUUGAUAUUAAAAGUCUUCAAAAUAAAGACUUCAAAAUAAAGAUCAAACUUAUUCCUGUUCUAUCAAAUCCAAGGUUCUCAUCUGUGAACAAUUUCUAGCAAGAGUUCAUGCUUAAGUUUUGUGUCACUGCAAGGCUAUUUGGCAAGAAAUUACAAGCGACAUAUCAACUCCCUGCAUGGUAUUCUUUCUACUCCCAGGGCUUACUGAACUUCAUAAAGUGUAACAUCAAGCGUAUUAUACUUUAUUAAGCAAAGAAUGAAGCAAAAAUAGCUACUUUUGUGGCAUUUCAAGGGGAGACAAGACUUGCACAGAGCUGCUUUUUUUCAUUAGCGCUGAAAUGUAAGAGGGGGUCAUAGAAAGCAAACAUGGGGAACUCCAUCUCUAUUUAGUACAAACCAAAACUACUCAGGACAAGAAUAAUAGUGAUUGGAGUUGUGAUAGCCUGAGAUCAAAGUCAUAUGAAUUUGGCAGUCAAGACACUGACUUAGGGACUUCACUUUACCAAUGGGCAAAAAUAUCCAAAGUCUGUGAAUGAUGUUUGGAUCAGAGUAUGACACAUUUUAAGGCUCUCUCUGAAUAUCUCUAACUUAAAAAGAAAGAGAGAAUCUUUGUUUUGUUGCUCAUGCAUCUUUUAUAUGCGUCUGAAGCAAAACUGUGAAGGAAAAGAGGAAGAAAAAUGAGUUAAUUGGAUGCUAGUGCAAUAAACAAGUUAGUAUCUCAAAAUCUUUUGCUGUAGAGAGAGAAAGCAAAGAAUCCUAGUCAUUACAGAUACAAUUCAGACACCACACAUCCAUGCCUUACAGAAAACAGACAUGUUUCCUGGAAUAAAUCACAUCCACUCUUCUGGAGCAGGAACUAGGAACUCAGUUUGUCUUUUCUAACAGACAUGGGCCUUGACUUGAUUAUUAAUGUUGCUUUUAAACUCUGUAGACCAGCCACCUCAGGUAAAGUAUAUUAUCUCCUGUGCAGAAGUCUUAGUACAAGUAACUAUGCUAAAAAAAAAUUGUUGUUGUUAUCUGAACGCUGGAAAGUUUUCCUGAAUAUUGUUCCUGCGAAAGUUAAC